AUGACGUCAGUAAAGAAGGAAUUGCAAGAUAGUGGUAUUGGAAGUAGUGGUGGUUCAAACAAGAAGGUUGCUGCUUGUUCAAGUAAAACAAACAAUAAUAAUAAAGGUGUUGAAGUUGUGAGAAAGAAAAUUUUGAAAAACAACAAAGUCAAAGCUAAAAAACGUAAAAGAAUAUCUUCAACAACAACAACUUCAACAAGUUCAGAUUUGAUAGAAAUUGAUGUUUCUGAUGGUGAAGAUUUAAAUCAAGUAUUUCCUCCUUUAUUAUCUCCACAAACCUCCAAAAAAGAAGAAAAUAAAGUUGAAAAAACUGAAAGAAAUGAAAUUAAAAUUGAAAAGAAUUUGGUUGUUAAAAAUGAUAAAAAUAAAGGUCAAAAUAGAACUUCAUUUUCUGAUGAUGAUUUGGAUUUUGUUGUUUUGUUUGAAUCUAUUGCUGAGAAAAAUUUGAAAAAGGAAAAUGCUCAAGAUAAUGACGAUUCUGAUGAUUCUUUCACUUUUUCCAAAAAUACGCUUAAAAGACCUCCUAGAAUUAUUAAAAAUGCUCAAGAUCAAGUUAGAAAUGAUAUUGAAGAAAAUUUUGGAAUAACGUUAUACCCAAAUCAAGUAUUUUUUGAAAAAAUUUCAAAUUAUAUGAAUAAAUACAAAAAUGAAUUUGACAAUUUUAAUAGAAAUAUAUGGACACAUUUUACCGAAAAUUUGCAGAAUGAUCAUACUUAUACUUGGAAAAUGCGUGUUAAAUGUAUGCUAGAGGAUAUUGUUAAACAGAUUUUUCCAAGUGAAAGUAUUAGUUUAGUUGCUGUUGGGUCUACAGUUAAUGGAUGUGGAGCUUUCAAUUCUGAUAUGGACCUGUGUUUGUGUAUGCCUUGUAGAAUGGAUGGAUAUGAAACUCAGCGAAAUUAUGCAAUUAAUCGUCUUAAAAAAGUUAUGAGAAAAUUAUUGACUAAAAGAACUUUAAUUCAUGAUAUUUUAUUUGUUCCUGCAAAAGUUCCAAUUUUAAAAAUUAAAUUUAAACAUCCUUAUCAAAAAUUGGAGGUUGAUAUGAAUAUUAAUAAUGUUCCUGGAAUUUAUAAUUCUUAUUUAAUUCAUUAUUAUUCAAGGUUUUUUUUAAAUUUAAUUUUGAUAGGGUGUUUAAUAUUUGAUUAUUGGGAAAUUGGGUCGAUGGUUUGGUUGAUACUGGGCUUGUAUUUGUGGGGGUGGUUCGAUUCCUCACGUUGCUCCCAGUUUUUAGUUCUAAUUGACGAUAGAUUUCCAGCUUUGUGCCUUAUAGUGAAACAUUGGGCAAAGAAAAAGGGAAUAUUGGAUGCUUGUUCUGGUUAUUUUAAUAGUUAUUCAUUAAUUCUUAUGGUCCUUCACUUUCUUCAAUGUGGAAUUAAUGUCCCAAUUCUUCCAAAUCUUCAAUUUUUAUUUCCUCAGUAUUUUCACUUUUUCCGGGCGUUGGAUGAAAUGCAACUUUUUGUGGAUUUGCCUAAACCUCUUCCAGAAAUACCUAAAAAUACUUUGUCUAUUGGAGAAUUAUUAAUUGCCUUUUUUAAUUAUUAUAAUAAUUUUAAUUUUGAUGAAUAUGCAAUUUCUGUUUCUAGAGGAUGUAUUUAUCCAAGGUUUUUUUUAAUUUUUAAAUAA